AUGAACCACGAGCUGACGACCGAGCACAUGGACAUGAUCGCCCAGUAUGACGAGAAUAUGAGCGCCAGCAUGACCAGGAUUAAUGACAUUGUCGCGAUGAUCGAGGGGUUGCCGGCCGCCGUCGAGGGCGACUUCGGGGUGUACGCUAAGAAGACGAAGCCCGCGGUCCCCCCUCAUGCGCAGGAACGACUUGACCAGCAUGCACUAAACCGUUUACUAGUUGGUGCACAGGAAAACCACUACGGCGUGGGCGCGUACGGGGAAAUGAUCGUGAUGGAGUCGGAUGACCAGGGCGAUGAUCCUGAGGCCCCUACGCAGCUGAUCGAAACUUCCUCCGUGCACGUAAAGAAGGCGUCGAGGCAGAAGACCAAGCAGAAGAUGAAAACCGAGAAGGUCCUCGAGAAGGCGAAGUAG